AUGAACUGGGCAAACAAAAAUGGCAUCGUGGCUUUGAUUCUAGCUUCUGACGAAGGCCACGUUGAGGCUGUUCGUUUGUUGCUGAGUGCCGGUGCAGACAGGAUCUUGGCAGGCGACAACGGUUUUACGGCCUUGAUGGCAGCUUCUUGCAAAGGUCACGUUGAGAUUGUUCGUGCACUGGUGGAUGCAGGUGCCGACAAGGACUUUGCAGACAACCAGGGCGACACCGCCCUGAUGACGGCUUCUUGCAAAGGCCACAUUGAGGUUGUUCGCAUGCUGCUGGAUUGCGGUGCAGCAAAGAACGUGGCAAAUAAGGAUGGCAGCACGGCCCUGCUGCUAGCUUUUGAGUUUGGACAAGCAGAGGUGUUGGAUUUGCUCCUGGAUGCCGGGGCAAAGUUCUCAACGAAGAGAAGGUGCCACAAGGCGGAGUUCAGCUCCUCGAAGAGGCGACGACCAAAGUCUGCUGCAUCCGAAGGAUAG